AUGCCCGUCGUCCGUGAGUCCGACGACGUUGCUGAUGGACUCGAUGAGGAGGACCAGAAGAAGUACCACUAUGUACCACCAGCCAAGAAGAGCACUGCUGCUGGUGGGAACGCUACUGGGAACCUCCUGGACGUCGAUUACCAGGGACAGGAAUGGCGGGCCAAGAUCGACCAGAACGAGAGCGAGUACACUCGUCUACGGGUGAACGAGGAGGACGAGACGGAUGAGGUGCAUCUUCGGACCAAAUACCUGUUCGACGAGGACAAGGCCAUGACCCCGCUCAGCCAAAUGCAAGCAACCAAGGACCUGCUCACAGAGGCGCAACGCAUAGCGUAUGUCGGUCUGUGUGCGCUAACGAGCCGGGAGAUGUCCGACACCCUGAAGGCGGUCAACCGGAAGGAGCUGAAGAAGGCGAUUGAAAGCAUAGAACUAUGGGCACUCAAAAUCAUGGGUCGGUUGUAUUAUCAUAUGGAGCUGACCACUGAAGAACAGAAGAUGAUUGACAGCCUCGCUAUGCACGGUAUCCAGGCGAAGGAUCUCGUCCCCGCCCUCAUGACCACACACACAGUCGCCAACCCAGAAUACGACCCCGCAGAAGCUCGGCGACAGGCUGAAGAGCAGGCGGCCGCGAAUGUAGCGGAACUGGAUGAAUUGGAACUUGACUCAGCAGACCUCUCAGAAACUGUACAUUCGCCGCCUCCACCUUACACCUCCAACGACUCGGUGACAACCCUUACACCGCCCAAACCGGUCCAGACUACUGCCAAGGUCCUGGAAGAUACCUCGACCAGUGUUCCAGGUGUCAGCACACGUCUAUCAGCUGCGGACGAGAAUGUCACUCUCGACAUCCGGUGGACUGUGUUAUGUGACUUGUUCCUCGUCCUGAUUGCUGACAGUGUGUAUGAUGCACGGUCUCGAGUGCUGAUAGAGAACGUUGCGUUGAAACUGGGGCUUGGCUGGCUGGAUGUUGUCAGGUUCGAGCGACGGGUCACCGAAGCACUCGAGAUCGAAGAAAGCAUCGAGAAACUUGAGCAGGGUGAGGCGAUCAAGCAAGUGCAGAAGAACACACGGAAGAGACGUUUUAUGAUGCUUGGUCUCGCUACAAUUGGCGGUGGACUUGUCAUCGGGCUGUCUGCCGGUCUUCUUGCACCUGUGAUUGGUGCUGGGCUGGGUGCUGCAUUCACCACCAUCGGUAUCACAGGUACCACCGGUUUCCUGGCGGGUACCGCUGGAGCUGCCGUCAUCACGACGGGUGGUGUGUUGACGGGCUCAGGUCUGGCGGCGCGAGGAAUGGCAAAUCGGACGCGAUACGUUCGGACGUUUGAUAUCUUGCCCCUGCACAAUAAUAAACGUGUGAAUUGCAUUCUCACUGUCCCUGGCUUCAUGUCAGGUACACAGGACGAUGUUCGCCUACCAUUUAGCGUCUUGGAUCCUGUAGUCGGCGAUGUAUUCAGUGUUCUCUGGGAGCCAGAGAUGAUUAGGGAGACCGGCAGUGCGCUCAAGAUCCUGACGAGCGAGGUCUUGACUCAGCUCGCUCAGACCGCCUUGCAAGCAACGGUCAUGACCGCGCUCAUGAGUGCUCUCCAAUGGCCUAUCAUUCUGACCAAACUCGGAUACCUCAUAGACAAUCCGUGGUCUAAUGCGCUGGACCGUGCGAAGUCAGCUGGUCGAGUGCUAGCGGAUGUUUUGAUGCAGCGCCAUCUAGGUGUGCGCCCCAUCACGCUCAUCGGAUUCUCACUUGGCGCGCGGGUGAUAUUCUAUGCCUUGCUCGAGUUGGCAAAGAAUAAGGCAUUUGGGAUCGUGCAGGACGUCUUCUUGCUAGGCGCCACCGUAACCGCGCCACUGCGCACAUGGUUGGAGGUGCGCUCCGUCGUCUCGGGCCGGUUUGUGAACGGCUACGCGCGCAACGACUGGGUGCUCAACUACCUAUUUCGUGCGACGUCCGGAGGGUUGAACACGGUGGCGGGAUUGCGCCCGGUGGAGAACGUGCCCGGAUUGGAGAAUGUCGACGUGACAGACAAAAUAGCGGGGCACAUGAGCUACCGCACGUUCAUGCCGCUUAUCCUGGACCAGCUGGGUUUCCCCGUCUCAGCGGACUACUUCGACGAGCCUGUGGAGCCCGAUUUUACGGAGGACCGGAUAGUGGUGCGGGAAGGCGAGGAAGACACGAAGAAGCGGGGUUGGUUCUCGCGGAAGAAGAAAACGUCGACCGCUCCAGCAGCGCGUGUUUCCCGCCCGCCCUCGGCGUCGACGUUCUCGUUUCACAAGAAACAACGAUCGUCGCUGUCGAAUGCGGCAGACGACGACUUGCCGCCGCGCGAGGCGGCGUCCAGUCCGGUGCCAUCUGCUACACCCAAUCCACAGACAGAAGUACCGCUUGCCACACCCACGACUUCUGAAGCUGUUCCCGCUGAGCCUCAUGUCGACGACGGCGACCUGUCCAAUGCCGCGAUUCCGGCACAUGCUGGCUUCAACUUCAUGGCAAUUAAGGAGGUGAUCGGUAAAGCCGAAACUAAUCCAGCUGAACUGCAGCUACCGCCUUCUGUAUCAUCCAUCUCCCACCGUCUUCAUCCUCCUACUUACCGGUCAGAGUCCGUGCCCCUCCCUUCACCUGGAUCCCCCGAUGCUACACCUACGACCAGAGCAUCCUUCGAUGUGCGGAGGGAGGAGCCGAUUGCUGGCCCGAGCUCCUACUCCUCGGGACAUUCCCUAUCUCGCACUCGGUCACUAAGCCAACUACACGAUGAAGAUGGCGCUGGUUCUUCGUCGUCAUAUGACGCCGGGAUACCACCACCAUCCUCAGGGACUCCUUUGUUUUCACGUCCAUCUGCAGCGCCUUUCGGCGCCAACCAGGGCUCAAUCUGGCCUGGCACAGACCACGAGAUCACGCCGACAUUCAACGCAUUUGGUGACUAUCGGGCACCAUCUAGCCGUGAUCCGCUCGCUUCAAGAGAGACGCUGUCAUUUGGGGCGGGUUCAGUGCCAUCAUUAGACUCGUCCUCGUUCGGAUCGUUCGGAUCUAACACGACCGCCCGUAGUCCGUUUACCGUCCCUCCUGAAGCAUCACUAUCGUUUGGAGGCGUGGACGGUUCGAUAACCUUCUCGCCAUCACCACUGAGCAUGGAGCGAGAUCCAUGGGGCGUCGGUACACGCGCGUUCAGCGCGGGCGGAGGGGGCAAGAAGCCUGCCAGCAGCCCCCUCGACCUAAAUCCAUGGCAGAAUUGAGAUCAUGACACAGGGCUCAUGCUACGUCCGUCUACCCCACACGGUGUUGUUUCUGUCUUCCUUCCAUUCUCACGUUCGGGUUGCAUCUCAUAAUUGUCAUAUAUAGUGGAUAGUCUCCAUCGAUGAGAGCACAGCAUGUUCGAUAGUCAUCAAUUCAUUCACUGAGGUUGAUUGAAAGAUU